AUGUCAUUAGGGAAAAGAUAAUUGUCAGGUUCAAAAUUAAAAUUUGAUGCUGAUUACUAUAAAAAUGCACUUGAAUAGCAAGAAAAGAAGAGACCUGGAUCAGGUUAACCUCUAUCAACAAUAACUUCUCCGUUACCUCCCAGAAAACCAGUUUAUUCUGGGAAGUUAAGAAGUAUUAUACCUCCCUCAGAAAACGUAAAUCAACAGCAUCGUAUAAUCAAAUCAAGCAAUAGUUAACAGAAAUAACAAUUAACCCCAUCAGUUACUUAAUCUCAAUUAUAAGGAGUAGUGAGUCCACCAAAAGCUAACAAACCUCCAUUGCAAUUCGAUAAGAAACUUAUAAUGCCUAAAUAGACUACGUCAUCGCAAAUUUCAAUAAAAAGUUCCAUAGUGCCUAGUCAAAUCUAAACAGGAGAGAAAAAAGUAAUUUAAAAAUCAAUUGAAAAGCCAGGUACCCUAACAAGUCCUGGGCAAAAUGAUAAAUAAUUUACAUGGAAGAAUUAGAUCGAACUUAUAGUGACUUAAUCAGAUUUCGAAAAUAAAAGAAGGCAAAUCUCACAUGAGAAAUUAAAAUAAAUACCAAAGCAACAAGUUUAACAAUUACCAUUUGAUUAAAAGAGACCCACCCAACCCAUAAUCUAAUAAACACAAUCACAUAUUAUUAUUUCACAGCCAAGACAACCACUUUAAAUUCAAUAAAUCCAAAAGAAAUAACCUUUCAAUCCAAAAUAAAUUAAUAUGACUCAAUCAUAAUCACAGUCAUAACUCUAAGGCAGCCAACCUAAAUGCUUUACUGAUUUCACAAUGACUUCUGGAAGAAAUGAUCUUUAAUAGCUCUUUUCAUCUAUGCAAUUACAACUAAAGGAAGCCUCAUAAUAUGCUGAACAACAUCCGAAUCUAAAUAUGAGUGAAAUCCAAGAAUAACCUGAUGACGUGAAUUCAUCCUUUGCAUAAAGCACUCUAUAUUAAUGUUAAAAGUGA